AAAGUCAUCAAGCGCAACCCAUCUGUGGAAGUUGCUUACAAGGAUGCCGUUGAGAGGGAGCCUGGAACGCACGUCACUUCGUCUGGCGCUCUUGCUGCUCUUUCCGGAGCUAAGACUGGAAGAAGUCCCACAGACAAACGUGUCGUCGACGAACCUAACCACUCCAAGAAUGUCUGGUGGGGUCCUGUGAAUGUCAAGCUUCCCAAGGAAAGCUUCUUUGCCAACAGGAAGAAGGCCAUCGACUUCCUUAACUCUAAGGACCAGCUUUAUGUGGUCGAUGGAUUUGCCGGUUGGGAUCCCAAGUAUCGUCUGAAGAUCCGUAUCAUCUGCUCCCGCGCUUAUCACGCAUUGUUUAUGCAUAACAUGUUAAUCCGUCCGACCGCCGAGGAACUAGCCAGCUUUGGCGAGCCUGACUUCACAAUCUUCAAUGCUGGCGCUAUUCCGGCGGACACCAGCGUUAAAGGCGUGAGCUCGAAGACCUCCGUCGCCCUCAGCUUCGACGAGAAGGAGAUGGUCAUCCUCGGCACCGAAUACGCUGGUGAAAUGAAGAAGGGAGUUUUCACCAUUCUGCACUACCUUAUGCCGAAGAGGAAUGUUCUUUCUCUCCACACAUCCGCAAAUGAGGGCAUGAACUCCGAGAAGGUAGAUGUCACCUUCUUCUUCGGUCUCAGUGGAACCGGAAAGACUACUCUUUCUGCGGAUCCUCGCCGUGCUCUGAUCGGAGAUGACGAGCACUGUUGGUCUGACAAGGGCGUGUUCAACAUCGAAGGAGGUUGCUAUGCCAAGGCCAUCGACCUCUCAGCAGAGAAGGAACCGGAGAUCUUUGCUGCGAUCCGGAAAGGAAGUAUUCUCGAGAACAUCAUCAUGGAUCCCAAAACCAAAGUUGUCGACUUCACCAAGAAGGACAUCACUGAAAACACGAGGGCAUGUUACCCAAUCGACUUCAUCCCGAACGCCAAGAUUCCUUGCGUUGGAGGACAUCCUAAGAACAUCGUCUUCCUGACAGCCGAUGCCUUUGGAGUGCUCCCACCUGUUUCUAAGCUCACCACCGAGCAGGCCAUGUACCACUUUAUCUCUGGAUACACCGCGAAGAUUGCCGGAACUGAGGUUGGCGUGACUGAACCUCAAGCCACUUUCUCAGCUUGCUUUGGACAACCUUUCCUCGUCUGGCACCCUAAGCUCUAUGCUGACAUGCUUGCGGAGAAGCUGAAACAGCACAACACCAACGUGUGGUUGGUCAACACCGGAUGGACCGGCGGCAAAUACGGAACCGGAAAGCGUAUCUCUCUGAAGAACUCCCGCGCCAUCAUCGACGCCAUCCACUCUGGAGAGCUUUCCUCCAAGCUCAAGUCCUCUUCAAGCACCUACCCGGUGUUCAACUUGAUCAUUCCCACCGAAGUCUCCGGUGUCGACGCCAAGAUUCUGAAUCCAGAAAACGCGUGGCAAGACAAGUCUGCUUUCAAGAAGCAGGUUGAGAUUCUUGCUGGCUUGUUCAAGGAGAACUUCAACAAGUUUGGGGACGAUGUGAACAGCUUGAAAAAGGCUGGACCGGUUUUGUAG